UUCAAGCUAUACGAAUCGUCCAUCUCGCAGACCGUUGGCACGCUAUUUGUGCCGCCACGCAGUCGUACCGUCCGCGAACAACAGAGGAUUACGGUGAACCCGGAAGUGCCAACAUCAUAUCACACCGCCCUGGUCCUGCCUCUUUUCAUCUCGCGUCACGGCAUAUCAGCACCCCGCGGGCUUUGUUGCGGCUUUUGUAUGUGUGCAUAAGUGCGUGUGUGUGUGUGUGUGCCCGUCCUAUCGAGUUUAUGACAGUGGAGUGAGUGCGUAGCAGUGCGGCUUACCAGUCAACGGUUUCGGCUUACGUACGCCAUAACAAGCAUUAAUUUAUUACAUUAACGCACCAAACGUGCCGCUGUGUAAAGGGCGAGCAUAACGAAGGUUUCGCACCGGAAGCGCGCCCUGCCAAGAGCGCUCUCGAGACUACGUGUGUGUUUGUGUGUGUGUGUGUAGGUUGGCGAUCCCUUCAAAUCUAGGGUCUGCAGACCUUGGAGACGCGACCACGUUGACACGAUACCGUCACACGGAUUGAUGCUCGGCCCCGGAUAAGCACCGACUCGGCACGGAACAGAGCGAGCAACCAACCCAACAGCGUAGUCAGCGGAGGCGGCAGCAGCAGCAGCAGCAGCAGCAGCACCGGCUCACAGCAGCGCGCAUAACUGGCACAAAAAUGAGUUCAAAGGCAUUACCAAAUCUAUUUAUGCUAUCAGCGGCGGUAAUUGCGCUGAUGGCGGCACUGAUCGCCGGACCGCAGCCGGUGGCGGCCAACGACAGCCAGAACAUUAACCGACUGCUGAACAAUCAGGUGAUUGUCAGCCGGCAGAUCAUGUGCGUGCUGGAGAAGAGCCCCUGCGAUCAGCUCGGUCGGCAACUGAAAGCGGCUCUACCGGAAGUGAUACAGCGCAACUGUCGGAACUGUUCGCCCCAGCAGGCCCAAAAUGCACAGAAGCUGACGAAUUUCCUCCAGACGCGCUACCCGGAAGUGUGGGCCAUGUUAAUACGCAAAUAUGGCGCCGUUUAAGCUGCAUCUUUCCUUCCUCACCGGAUCGGAGGAUCGACUUUUCCUCUUUUCUUCUUUUCUACGAAACAGAUUUACCAUCUAAGCGAUACGCCAAACACGCGCGCACUGAGCGCGUCGCAGGCGUGAAAAGUUAUAUAUAUAUAAAAUGGGAAGAAAAGCUGACAGCAGGCAGGUGGAAACGAUGGAGGGAAGGGGGGAAAGUGAAGUCUUAGCCGCACAAAUCAAUCGUCCAACCCAAGCAAGGCGAAGCAGAAGCAAAGCGUAACCAACGAAGUGGGGAAAAAACCACCGAAGAAUGACAACGAAGCAGACAAGCGAGCGAGCGAGCGACCAUCAUCUCGAACGUCGCAUACGUCCGUUACUUGGAACUGUCAGAUCAGCAGCAUCGUCACAUAUCUAGCGCUCCCUCAGGGGGGCAUCCUAUUCCAGCCGAACGACGGCAAUCAGAUGCGAUGCGAAAGGCAGCUGGGAAAAAGAAAAGCUAACUCUCCACUUGUCGUGACCGGUGGUGUAUGGUUGUGACGAUCAUAAUGUCACCGAAACAACAUCGAAUUCCCCGAAGCGCACCAUGUGGUAGCAAUAUUUUUAUCAACCGAAGCUUCUUCCUUUUUGAUGCUGUCACCCAGACCCAGAUCCAAAGCCUUAGCGCCGUCAACAACUAGCCUAUGGUUUCCGAGAAAGGAUUCGCGCGAGUUUUCGCGAGUUGCUUAAAGCUUUCUUCGUCUUUCUGCCACAACCAUAACCAAGGGUUCUUCCGGCUAGCUGUCUACGCCACCAGCGACAUCCGGCAUCACGACAAGCGGCUUAACGAGUUUGCUGCUUGACGGUGUACGCUUAAUUUGUUUGUAUGGCAACGCGGUGACGCAUAAUCGGAUUGUGGAUAUGUCUGUGUUUGGGCGGUUGGCUGUCGCUGGUUGUGGUGCUGCUCGUUCAUCCCUGUGCAACGCAUCGGAACGAGUACGUCCAGUACGGCGUGCUAGAGUCAAACACUCGUUGGCUAACGGCUAGCAUUAAUAUCAAAUAAACAGAACUAUGUGAUAGAAUCAUAUCCUCCCCCUACCACACCCCACCACCAUCGAGACAGAACAGGCAACAACACGACCCUAAUGCGGUAUCAUGUCACUUUCGCUGGGCUCGCGAUGGCCUCAUCGAAGGCAGAUGAACGCCGAAGGCUUAGAUCCUGACAGAGAACAACAAUAUCAAACUCCACGGCCCCCGUCUCCCCUUCUUCCAACCAGAAAUAUCAUUUACCCUAGCGUAGGACAUCAUCAUUGACGUGCAUAGGUUUACAUAACAGUACAACGACGAUCAGUUUCGCUCUGUAAGGGCCCAUUUUCCUCUGUAGAGUGACUUUUACAGGGCAAAGGGAGUCGACGUUUGACGGCUGGUCGGCUGGCGGUGGCCGUUUCCCUCAGUGUUUGGUUGCG